AUGGCGUAUGUUUACCAAUCCCCUACGCCUACCAACGAGGCACUAGUGUCUUUAAAUCCACCGCCGCUUCCUCGCAAGAAUCCUUGUGCCAGAGUGGAUGCAAAUUUGAUGCCCACGACCUCAUCACGCCCAGGUCUCUCUUUUCCCUCCCUAGAUCGCCUUGGCAACAGCGCUUAUGAGAACGAAGAGCAAACGUCUUUGCUACCAUCUUUGGCACCAUCUUUGGCACCGCGUCGUCAUUCAGCGGGACCUUCGGGGUCCGGUCUUGGUCUUCCCUUUUUGGGAAAUAUCGAAGACUGUUCUAAUCGUGCGGGACUUUUUCUCCCAGCAUUGGCAAUACGGCGGACUUCAUGUGUUGGUUUCUCUUCCUCCCUUUUGACAGAAAAGGAACAAGGCCAUCAAACAUCAUGGAAAAGCAAAAAACGGGAUGCAUCGUCUUUCUCAUUGACUCCCAGUCUUCGUCGUCGUAUCAAGCGAAAGACCAGUGUUCACGCAUUGUGUGCCUGA